AGAAGGAGGCACCAGCAGCAAACUCAUCUGGCUGUAAGUCGUUGCCUCUGACCUCGCAAGUUUCCCACGUGGUUAAAUGGAGGGGAGUAGAGGAAACGUGCAAAAUAUCGAACUGAGAGCGGAGAUGAAGAAAGUACGAGAGAAAACCCAGAAAAAGAGGAGUAACGAGGACGACGAAGAGGAUCAGGAUCAGUUCUUCAGCAACAAACCUGCUGAGAAAGGUGAGGAUGAUGAUCUGUCUGACAGCGAGGACAGCGUCUACUCAGGACUGGAGGAUUCCGGGAGUGAUUCAGAGGACGAGGAAGAAGAAGAGAAGGAAGAAGGAUCACUUGAUGAUGAUGAUGAUGAUGAUGAUAAUGAUGGAGAAAGUCAGAUAGCUGUGAAGAAGAACAAGAAGAAGGAGGGAGGAGAGAUUGAAGGAAAAGAAAAGAAAGAAGACGAGUAUGAACACGACACUUCAGAUGAAGAGGACAUCAGGAACACAGUGGGGAACAUUCCUAUGGAGUGGUACAAAGACUUCCCUCACAUUGGCUAUGAUCUAGAUGGGAAGAAGAUCUAUAAGCCAAUCAGAAACAAGGAUGAGCUUGAUGAGUUCUUGGACAAAAUGGAGAAUCCUGACUACUGGAGAACGGUUCAUGACAAGCAGACGGGAACUGAUGUGGUGCUGUCAGACGAGCAGGUGGAGCUGGUGAAUCGUCUGCAGAGGGGCCAGUUUGGAGACCUCAACUUUAAUGAGUACCAGCCGUCCGUGGAGUUCUUCACUAAAGAUGUAAUGAUUCAUCCAGUCACCAACAGACCCGCAGACAAACGCAGCUUCAUCCCAUCACUGAUUGAGAAGGAGAAGGUUUCUAAACUGGUACACGCUAUCAAGAUGGGUUGGAUCAAACCUCGGCGGGUAAAGGAUGACAGCAAAGAGCGCUACUAUGACCUGUGGGCCAAUGAGGAUUCUUCUUUUUUGGCCAAACAUAGGAUGCACUUGCCUGCUCCCAAAAUCCCUCUUCCAGGUCAUGAGGAAUCAUAUAACCCUCCACCUGAAUACCUAUUCACAGAUGAGGAGCGCGCUCUAUGGGAGCAGCAGGAUCCGUCAGACAGGAAGUUGCAGUUUGUUCCCAAGAGGUUCUCAAACCUCCGUCAGGUUCCAGCAUUUCCUCGGUUUAUCCAUGAGAGGUUUGAGCGCUGCCUCGACCUCUAUUUGUGUCCACGACAGAGGAAGAUGAGGGUGAAUGUGAAUCCAGAGGAUCUAAUUCCCAAGCUUCCCAAACCAAAAGACCUACAGCCGUUUCCAACAACACAGUCUCUGGUGUACCGAGGUCACAGUGGUCUUGUUCGUUCCAUCAGUGUGUCUCCAUCAGGACAGUGGCUUGCAUCGGGUAGUGAUGAUGGCUCUGUCAAAUUCUGGGAGGUGUGUUCGUCUCGAUGUAUGAAGACUGUUCAAGUGGGCGGAGCUGUUAAGAGUGUCGCAUGGAACCCCAACCAAUCUGUCUGCCUUGUGGCUGUUGCUCUGGACUCUGUAGUCUUGAUCCUGUCUCCCUCUCUGGCAGACAGACAGGUCAUCUCUGCAUCAGAGCGACUCCUUACCAGUCAACAGGAAGAGGGGCCAUCAGAAGGGUCAGAACCUGUUGUCUGGUCAGAGGUUGAGGGGGAGGAGCUAAACAAGGGGGUCCGCAUUAAAAUCCAACAUCCCAAAGCUGUUCACCAGGUGACAUGGCAUGCUAAAGGAGACUACCUAGCAUCGGUGAUGCCAGACCAUUCAAGCCACUUACAGGUGUUUAUCCACCAAGUGAGCCGAAGGCGGAGCCAGAACCCUUUCAGGAAAAACAAAGGUCUAGUUCAGUCCGUGUCCUUCCACCCUAUCAGGCCUUAUUUCUUUGUAGCAACACAGCGCUCUGUUAGGAUCUACAAUCUUGUCAAACAGGAAAUGACCAAAAAACUACAAGCCAACUCCAAGUGGAUCUCCAGCAUAGCCGUGCACCCAGGGGGUGAUCAUGUGAUCAGUGGGAGCUAUGACUGCAGGCUGAGCUGGUUUGACCUCGAUCUGUCAACAAAACCAUACAAGAUGCUACGACACCAUAAAAAGGCCGUGAGGAGUGUAGCCUAUCACAGAACUUACCCGCUGUUUGCCUCAGCAUCUGAUGAUGGAUCAGUUAUUGUCUGUCAUGGAACUGUUUACAAUGACCUGCUGCAAAACCCGCUGAUAGUCCCAGUUAAAGUCCUCAGAGGCCACGCAAUCACUCAUGACCUUGGUGUUCUGGAUGUGAAGUUUCAUCCCACACAACCUUGGAUCUUUUCCUCCGGAGCUGAUGCCACCAUCCGUCUCUUCACCUAACAAGCUGCCUGGCAACCAGCAGCUGGCGUUUUGUGGUUGCGUACUGAGGGAACCAGCUAACCCCAUCUGUAUGUGGGUCCAAAUGGCUGAGUCAGCAUGCCAUUCAUAUACCAGCAACCUGGCAGUGGUGUUUGUUGGGAAUUUGCAGACUGUUCUUCACUACAGUGAGGAUGUAAUUUCCUGUAGUGUUUUGUUUCCCUGUUUGGUUCCAAUAAAGUGUUACUUUCUUACUA